AUGCCUGAUCGCAAAGAACUCCGCGAUUACAAUUAUGCUGUCGCUGGCCAUGCCGGCACGCUCUGCACUCCUGAUGGCGAGCUAUUCGUCAAGCCUUGUACUCAACCCGAGAUAGACUUCUAUGAGUCUGCCAAUCGAAGAUAUCCCGACUUUGCCGAUCUUAUGCCCUUGUUUAUGGGCUCGCUCCUGUUGACCGACCCUACGGAAAAGGCAAUCGACGAUGCCGUUGCUGGUGUGAUUUCCCAUGCUGGAGAUCUCAAGACUUCCAAGGAAGAGAUUGUCGCAUCCGUUACUGAGCAGGUCGCUCAUGCUACUGCAUCACGCAAAAAGGAGGGUUCUUGGGUUCCCGCCAAGGACAACAAGAUCAAGACCGAUAAGGCGGUUGUGCUGGACAACGCCACCUUUGGUUUCAAGAGUCCCAACAUUCUUGACGUGAAGCUGGGCGUUAGACUGUGGGCUGAUGACGCACCUCAACAAAAGAAGCAGCGCUUCGACAAGAUCUCGGCCGAGACAACACACGGCACUUUGGGAUUCAGAAUAGCGGGUAUGCGGGUUUACCGUGGAUCAGAGGACCCUGCACAAUUGGAUGAAGCCGAAUACAAGAUUUACGACAAGGACUAUGGCCGAACAAAGGUUACGCAAGAAAACGUUGUCGACGAAUUCCGAAAGUUCAUCUUCAACAAGAGCGCUGGUAUCGACGAAGACCUUGGCAAGGCUGUUUGCGCAGCCUUUAUCCGAGACCUCGAGAGGGUCGAAGAGGUACUCUCCCGCCAUGAAAGCCGAAUGUAUUCAUCCUCGCUACUUUUCUGUUUCGAGGGUGACGGUCAAGCUCUCCGAAGUGCCAUCGAGGAGAACAACGCACUUAUCGACGCAGAGGCCGGCAUCGGUCAAGCAGCUCGCACCACCAAGAGGGUUGAUAGCGGCAUCGCUCUGGACGACGAAGACGAGCUCGACGAGGAUUCCGAUCUCGAGGCAUCACUACCUCAAAUCUACUCCCUCAAGCUCAUUGACUUUGCCCAUGCUGAGUGGACCCCUGGCCAGGGUCCUGAUGAAAACACUCUGACAGGUGUACGGAGUCUUUUGCGCAUCUUUAAAGAGAUGGCGUAA